GGUAAGGCGGGGUGCUUGUCCGUGUAGCCGAAAGUGGCGACUCGCGCAGUUGAAUCUCCUUUGCAUACUUGCGCAUAAGAGAAGCGGGCAACGAGCUACACGGUUCAUACUUGUGCUCGCGAUGGGCUGCUCGCGCGGAUGGGUGGUCGUCGCGGCAGCCUCCAUUAUCAAUGUAUUCACUCUUGCCGUGAUGCGGUCAGGUGCUAUCAUUUACGUUGGGAUUGCGAGCACAUUCGGAGUGUCCCGGGAAGAUGCCGCCUGGCCGGUAUGCCUGGCUACCGUUUUCAACUUGGCGGCAGGUCCUAUCUCGGGAAUUCUUGCUCAGCACUUUCAGAUAUCGACACUCCUGGUUGUAGGCUGCUUUCUUGCUUCCCUUCCGGUGUGUGCCAGCUACUUCGCCAACGGGGUGCCCUUCCUCAUUUUAACCCUGGGAGUCUUGCAUGGGUGCGGUUUGUCCCUGCUAACGUUGGGCUAUGCCGCCGUCAACCAGAGCGUCACCAAAAACAAGGCGCUCGCAUCGGGCAUCACCAUUGGAGGCUCCGUGGUCGGCGGCAUUAUCUUCCCGCCCGUCAUACAGUUCCUUUUCGACAAGUACGGCACAAAAGGUGGUCUCCUCGUCUUCGGUGCCAUCAUGCUGAACUCUACGGCGGCAGCACUCUUCACGAGGACGUCUUGGCGAGGAAACGCCAUACCACAGGACUUGGAAAAAAGCGCGCAAAACUCCACAACAACAUGCCUCUCGGAGAUCGCGAACAGAUGCAUUUAUGAGGCCAACGGUGAUGCCCGAGGACUGGCAGAUAACGUGCGUAACUGCUGUGAUAACCACUCGUUGAGCCCCUGCAACGGGACAGUAGGCCUCGACACGCCUCUCAAUGACAGUGCAUGCAAAAAGAUAUCUGCGUGCGGAAGAGCUGUGGUUGCCGCGGAUGGGCCUCUAAGCGCCAAGACUCAGCAACCUCCACAGACCACUCUAGCAAAGUGGCUCUCUUUCUUGAAGAAUCCGAGGUUCUACGUCAUCGCCUAUACUUUGGGUCAGAUCUGGUACUUAAACACCACGCUUCUCACGGUAGUAGUGGACGCUGCGAUGGAGCGUGGCAUACCCAAGUGGGACGCCGUCUCGCUGGUCACGUUCAUAACGGCCCCCGAUCUCGUGUCCAGAUUUUUGUCGGGGCCCAUAACCGACAAAGGUCUUCUGAGGAAGAGCUCCAUGAUGGUCCUGAGCCUAACAACGAACGGCAUCGCGCAUCUGCUUAUGACGCUCUUCACGUCCUACCCUGCGCUGGCGGCGCUCUCGGCGGUCUCCGGGUCGUGCAACGGAGUGGCUGUGACGCACAUUUUCGUGCUUUGCGGGGAGCUCGUCGAUCCGGUAACCUUCGGCCUGUGCAUGGGCGCUGCCAAUUUCGUGGCUGCGUUUGCGCUGCUCGAGAGGCCACUCAUGAUCGGAUAUUGCAAGGACAAGCUCGGAAGCUACGACGGCCUGUUUUAUUUCAGUGCUGGCGUAGCCUGGAGCUGCGCAAUUCCUCUGGCUCAUCGCAUACUUCCACGAGAGUCGAACCUCGAAGAAAAAAUUGCUGAGGGAAGCAACCGUGGCAAAAUGGUGAUACUAUUUCGAGAAGAUAACAAUGUGGCAAACACAGCAGAGCUUCUUCUUUAUUAGAUGUGACGCCUGAGAAGUCUAGCGACAUUGAGGGCAGGCCAUCUAGAAAGGCUUACUCAGAAAACCUACAAUGAAGCUAUUGAAAUUGCAUAAUAGUGUCAACAGUCUUUAGCAAAAUGUCCUUACACUAACAGAUCACGUCCGUGAGUCAUGAUGAAAUUGUAGAAAACUUAAGAUAAAGGUUGUAAGACUACACGAACAACAUAACAACAAAAGCACAAACAGGUGAUGGCAGCAUAUAGAAAUCAUAGAAGGGCUUAAAAAACAACUCUUCACGAAAAAUCUAUGAAAUUGUUGUCUACGAGAAACAACCCGUAGAGUUUCCAGAGCUAAUCUCUGCUUGUCGACGCUAUACCAGGGUUCAAGCACUUUUUUGCAUUAAAAAAGUACGUCCAUCUAAAGCAUUUCAAUAACUGUGAUAGAUCUCCUGCUGGUCCUGCUGUGGGUACUCAAUCAGAGCGUCCUCAUUAGAACUUGCAGUUUUCCUGUUGUGCGGGUGCUCAGAUGACGUAGUCCUUCUUUUACGAUGCGAAUGUCCACCAAUAUUGGUCCAGGAUGUGCUGUCUUCCCGACAUAUCGAAGGAAAACAGCACCCGUAUCGAGAAAACUGUGACACCUUAUCACCUCUAAAGCCUACAGGGAGAAAUACGAACGCACUGAUUUAUUGCAAUAUUCAGUUCGACAUUCCAAACGCUACAGUGAGGCUGCCAGCAAAGCCGUUGGGGAGGGCUUCUAAAUAAUUUCAACUACUGGAAAUGAGACAACCACUGAGCUGCACCAUCUCAAGUCCAGCGUUGUACGGCUAUCACAGAAAAGGUGCCAAUCAUAAAAGUACAAAAUGAAAAACUGUGUAACAAGAAACUUUAGUUAAAUUCACUACAAGGCACCCUUGGCAGAAAAACGUAUGUUUGGUGGAAACGUCAUUGUCGAGAGACAUCCCAAAGGGUGAACUAUGGUCGGCCGCGAGCCCACGCGUGCAUGCCGACUACCUUCGUGGGUGCGAAGGGUGCCAUAUUUGGUAGAGAUUAUGAAACGUAAAUUGAAAGGUUUACGAUCCGCGGUAAGGGCGAAGUACUGCAGCGCGCAAUGUUAAGGAAUAGGAAAAGAGUGGUCUGAAUUAGACAGCAAGCGGAGCUAGCCAAUAUGCCACUUUGAGAUCAAGAGGACAAAAUGGAGCUCGACAGGUCAUGUAACACGUGGGCGGAUAACCAGCGGUAUAUUAUAGUUACAGAAUGGGCGCCUGGAGAAUAGAAGCGCAGUCGUGGACGUGAGACAACUAGGUGAUGUGAUACUGCUGCUACUUUGAUGGCAUACUGCUGCUACUUCUUCAACCAACUAGCCCAACUUGGGGCACUACUGCUUAUGAUAAUAACUAUAAUGAUGAUG